AUGAUUCCUGAAGUACCAUACUAUGUUCGGGUGACCUCAACAAAAACCAACAACCUAAUGAAAUAUCUUUGGCCACCUAGGUAAGUGUAUCAUGAGACACAGAAUGACCGACCAUAAUCCUAUGCGAUCAUCCAAAAAAAACCAACAACCUGCAGUGUCCUCAGUAAGCCAAUACACUGGUUCCCUCACUGGCUGUCUGUGUACACAGACAACCAAUAAGACAAGAACCACAGAUAGAGUCAGAUGUCAAUGCUCUUUCUGAACCAACAUCACUUAUCACGGAAGCACUAUGGCAACGUGACUUACCAGGCAUUACCUAAUUUCCAUAAGGAAUGCAUUUCAAAAUAAGCAGAAGCUUUUAUGGUACAAAAUAAACUAUUUAUUGAAAUUACUGUAACCAAAAUGUAAUAUAUGAAAAAAAUGAUCUGAUUGUGUUCACUAUAAGCUGUCACAAGUCUAGAGGGUAUUCCUUGUCAUACGUCUACGGAGAGGUAAGUGGACAGCAGCUGCAUGUAUCAUGUUAGAUAAGAUUAUUAGAAGAUGGGGGUCAGAGUUCGAUAGAGAUUAGAAUAACGAAUGGUUUGUUAAUGGGUAUUAUUUCUAUGAAUAACAUAACUUUCUUGCAGAUGUAAUAGUUUCAUUCUGAAAUGAAUGGGAGUAUUAUAAGGGUUAAAGUAUUUAAAAUGGAAAUUUGAGUUUCAUGAUUUAGUUAUUUUUCUUAACAGACAAGAUAGAAAAAUUUACAAAAACAAUGCGUGUAGCCUAACACAUUCGAAGUGAUCACAAUAAAAUAAGCAGGCACGAUACGAAGGGGUGCACAAAAAAAGUAAAAUAUAUAGGAAUUAAUAAAGGUGUUUUGAGUCCCUGAUCAAACAGCACCAUACUGGGAUGAAAUGCCAGAUUGAAUUAGUCCAGAAAUUUCACAGGUUUUACACAUCAAAUUGAAUUAGUUAACCAUAACAAUACAACCUAAAUAAUAAUGCAUAAUAUAUAAUGGCUCGUUUUAUCAUCUCCUAAACACACUCGGUUAUUCCAAAAAUAAUAUAUCAAAUGUGUGAAAUAUGAAAGUUCACUAAUCACUUUUUCUUUCUUAAAUAGGCUACCUCUUAAAGCUGAGCCUCAGAUAUUGCCCCAGAUAUCAUCAAAUCUGGAUGUUUGUCCAGAUCCCGAGAAGGGUAAGAAAUGGGAGCCAUGGAAACAGAAUGGUGGGUUUGUGGAAGAAAGUCUAAAAAGUUGUCAGCAAGGCACAAAGAGACUUCGCCUUCCCUCUUCUGUUACAUCUAAAUUUGCAGUGCUUGAUGAAAGGUAAUCAAAGGCUGGAGGGGGCGGGGGGAUUUUGUGCUUUUUCUUUUGUUGAUGUUUGUUUUAACAAACUGAGAUUUUAACCUCUACGCUGAGUGUUGUAAUAAUUAGCCUGACCUUUUUGUUUUGUUAUGUUUUUCUUAGACCUAAUACUAGCUAUGUCAGAUAUGGAAAAGAGGAGAAGAUUCUCGAAGUACCAUACUAUAUUUGGGUGUCUCCAACAAAAACCAACAAACUAAUGACAUAUGUUUGGCCACCUAGGUAAGUGUAUUAUGAAACACAGAAUGACAGACCAUAUACAUAAACAUAUACAAAUAAAACUGCAUUGUCCUCAGUAAGCCAAUACCCUGGUUCUCUCACUGGCUACAUGUGUACACAGACAACCAAUGAGAGAAGAACCACAGAUAGAGCAAGUUGUUAAUGCUGAUUCUGAACCAACAUCACAAAUCAGUGGGGAGUACAAUGGCAACAUGACUUACCAGGCAUUACCUAAUUUCCAUAAAAUAUGCAUUUUAAAAUAAACAGAAGCUUUUUAUGGUAAAAAUAUUUUUUUUUUACUGUAACCAGAAUGUAAUAUAUGAAACAUAAAUGAUCUGAUAGUGUCACUGUAAGCUGUGCAAUAAUGACUGAUAGAUAACGAGUGAUAGGGUAGCUGACGGACCGAAAGUGAAAGGAAAGCUAAUGAGGAAUAAAAUAAGUGACAAAAUGGGCUGAUGGAUGGAAAGGACACAAUUGCAACAACUUUAUUUUAACUUUACCUAUUUUAAUUGCAGGGACCCAAUCUUUUCUUCUAAGUUUAAACCUGCAGUACUUCCAAAACAAUUCAUAACAACUAAAAAGGCUGCAAGCGUCCCAGAACAGGAAGUAGACAGAAAAGGACCAGAAUAUGAAACAAAUGAUUGUGCAGAGUAUUAUAAACAGGAUACUAUUCUACAGCCUGAACCUGUCACAAGUCUAGAAGAUAUUCUUUAUCCUGCAGUCUAUGUCACAUGUUUAAAAAACAACAAUUUUCUAGAAGGCCCUGUUUGCACUAUCAAACCUCAUACAAAUAGAUUGACAGAGGAAAUGCCAGUGAACCAUAGUCACCCACAGUCCACUUUCAGUUGUUCACCUGACCCUACAAAUCUAGAUUCACAGAACCCAGUCACAGGUCAUUGUCAUUUGCUGCAAUUUAUGUCUCUACAGCCUACAGAGGUUGUUGCAUGUUUAGAAGACAACAAUUCUCAAGAAUUCCCUGAUUGUACUAUCAAACCUCAUACAAGUGGAUUACAGAGGAAGUGCCAGUGA